UGAUGCAACUUCUGAAAUGUGUUCUGCCUGUAAACCGUCCAAAAGUAGUUGUCUUUUUGCAUGAAAAGGAAGGAAAUUACAGGAACUUGUGCCCUGACUACAUCAUGUGUCAACCACUCACUUACUUCUUGUUUUCAUACUGCCAGUGAGUUGUCUUACAAAACCUCUCCACUUUGCUCUGGUGGGUGAUGCAACAAUGGCCUUGAGAAAACCAGGACGUGUGUUUGUGGUCUUUCUCUUGUCAAUGGCAGCAAAUACAGCAACAAGGUGUGGACAACAAAGCCAGGUGAUGGUGCCUCCCACCAACGUAGUGAAGGGACAGGAGGUGACACUGACCUGUAGCAACACCUGUACUCUGAGUGACAACCCCAACCCCACCUACAUCUGGUACAAGAAUGGACAUCGUCUAGAUGAGCACAUUUCCCAACAAUAUCCUAUCCACAUUUACUAUUCAGACAUUUACUCCUGUGCUGUAAAAGGCCAUGAGGAUCUCCUCUCUCCUGCAGUGUGUGUUCUGGGUCAGAACUGUUUUAACGUGACUUACAUCCAUCAGAGUAUCUGUGCCUUGAAGGGCUCAACAGUGGAACUGCCCUGCACAUAUCAACAUCCAAAUAAUCAUGUAGUCUCAGAACCAAACUGGUAUAUCCAAGAUAAAUAUAAUGAGACGCCUAAAAUCCUGAGCUCGGUGCCAGAGUAUGCAGGUCGUGCUGAGUACCUUGGGACUAAAGAGAAAGACUGCACCCUGAGAAUCACAGACCUGAGAGAGAGAGAUUCAGCUGAGUACAAGUUCAGAUUUAAAACACAGUAUGCAGAAUGGGGGUACAGCUUCCAUGGAAUAACUCUGACUGUCACAGACCUGCAGGUGAAGGUGUCUUCCUCCACAGAGGAAAAGAAGAGAACACUGACCUGUAGCACCACCUGUUUCCUGACUGACAACCCCACCUACAUCUGGUACAAGAACGGACAACAUCUCCAUGACCCUACUUCCCAACAAUACUCCUGUAAUACUCUAGUGGUCGGGUGUUACUCUACAGACAGUUACUCCUGUGCUGUAAAAGACCACGAUGAUUUUCUCACUCCUACAGUGUGUGUUCAUGGUCAGAGCUGUUUGAAUGUGACUUACACCAAGAGGAGUAUCUGUGCCUUGAAGGGGUCAACAGUGGACAUUACCUGCACGUAUAGACAUCCCAGCUGGCAUAACGUCACAGAAGUAUCCUGGUUCAACAAAUGGGAGACUGGAGUUACUACAGAUCUAAUCCAGGACCCAGAGUAUGCAGGUCGUGUGAAGUACCAUCCAACUACAGACAAGGGCUCCACCCUGAGAAUCACAGACCUGAGAGAGAGUGACUCUGCUGAAUAUAAGUUUAGAUUUACAACAACGGAGGUAAAAUGGGGAUACAGCUUCCCUGGAACAACUCUGAUUGUCACAGACCUGCAGGUGAAGGAGACUCCUGGCACAGAGGAAGGGAAGGUGACACUGACCUGUAUCACCACCUGUACUCUGACUGACAACCCCACCUACAUCUGGUACAAGAACGGACAACUUCUCACCAACCCAAACACCCAAGAUAACUUCCUCUACUUAGACCAAAUCAGUAGUGGGGACGCAGGCAGCUACUCCUGUGGUGUUGAAGGCUACGAGAAUCUCCGUUCUCCUGUUACGUUCUUUGGGGAGCCAAAGUCUUUGAAGAAUGCAGUUGUAGGAAUCAUAGUGGUUAUUCUAAUUCUCAUACUCUGUCUCUUUGGGUUUGUGUGGUUCAGGAAGAAGGCCUCCAAAUCCACCUCUGACACAAGAGACAGAAGAGACACAGUAGAGAACGGACAGAGAGACUCUAAUCCAGUGUAUGACAACAUCUCAGGCAUGACCAUGGCCCCUAUUGCAGCACAGAGAGCGAUCACAGACGAGCAGGAUGACAUUACCUACGCCAGCAUCCAACACAGAAACCAGGAAGUGCCUCUGGACUCCACCGUCCCACCGUCUCACCCCCAGAAACAGGACGAGGAUUUCCAGUACGCUACUGUGAAAUUCAACAGCCCCAGUGCUGCUCAAUAGACAUUGGGAGGGAUUCAAUCCAAUCAUAGGUUAUAGACAUUGGGAGGGAUUCAAUCCAAUCAUAGGUUAUAGACAUUGGGAGGGAUUCAAUCCAAUCAUAGGUUAUAGACAUUGGGAGGGAUUCAAUCCAAUCAUAGGUUAUAGACAUUGGGAGGGAUUCAAUCCAAUCAUAGGUUAUAGACAUUGGGAGGGAUUCAAUCCAAUCAUAGGUUAUAGACAUUGGGAGGGAUUCAAUCCAAUCAUAGGUUAUAGACAUUGGGAGGGAUUCCAUCCAAUCAUAGGUUAUAGACAUUGGGAGGGAUUCAAUCCAAUCAUAGGUUAUAGACAUUGGGAGGGAUUCCAUCCAAUCAUAGGUUAUAGACAUUGGGAGGGAUUCAAUCCAAUCAUAGGUUAUAGACAUUGGGAGGGAUUCAAUCCAAUCAUAGGUUAUAGACAUUGGGAGGGAUUCAAUCCAAUCAUAGGUUAUAGACAUUGGGAGGGAUUCAAUCCAAUCAUAGGUUAUAGACAUUGGGAGGGAUUCAAUCCAAUCAUAGGUUAUAGACAUUGGGAGGGAUUCAAUCCAAUCAUAGGUUAUAGACAUUGGGAGGGAUUCAAUCCAAUCAUAGGUUAUAGACAUUGGGAGGGAUUCAAUCCAAUCAUAGGUUAUAGACAUUGUGGCUUUUAAUGUAAUUAUUUUUUUUUAAAUGCUUUUGGAAAUUGCUAUAUAAUUCCUCAAUUCGAAUGUCUUUGAUUUCGGCUUGAACUAUCUAUUUAAAUUAAAGUACAGGCCUGUAAAUUAAACUGUUCAGUCCAUAUUCUACUGUUCUAUUAUGGUCAGAGGGGAUAAAAACGGUUAAUUUUUUACAGUAA